AUUCUACUAAAUGAAAUAGAAAUAAACUCACUGAACUGAAAGAGUUAAAGGUUCAUUUUGAAAGUUGAACUCAUGUGAGUGACCUGCGGCGAUGGUCACAUGACUGCGUGUGAGGGGCGCGCAGGCUGCGGUGCGUUUACAACGCCGUUGUGUAGUGCGCGUUUCCGCGCAGCUCAGGACGCACUGGACGCGCGCACACACACACACACACACACACACACACACACACACACACCAUCAUGAUGACACGCGUGAGAUCGGCGGUCUCCAGCAUCCUCGGCGGCAUGAUGAGCUCGAGCGCGGAGGAGAAUCAGGCGCACCGCGCGGAUCAGCCGCUUCGCUUCCAGUACUGCAGGCCGGAUUUCCUCGCGCUGUCUCCUGAUGAGGUGGAGUGCUCGGCGGAUCACAUCUCGCGACCCAUUCUCAUCCUCAAAGACGCCAAGCUGCCGUGGGCCACCGGAUACGCGGAGGUGAUAAACGCGGGUAAAAGCGCUCUGAAUGAAGAUCAGGCGUGUUGUGAGGUGGUGGAGCUCAGAAAGAGACCCGAAGACCAUUCGAGUACCGGUUACACUCCCACCAGCAGGAGGCGCUCUUCACUUCCCAGUGCUGACAUACUGGAGACCAUUGACAACCCAGAACACAAAGAACUGAACUUUCAUUACUGGGGUCUGUUUGAUGGUCACGGAGGUUCUGGUGCCGCUGUGUUUGCUUCCAAGUUUCUUCAUCUUCACGUCGAGGAGCAGCUUCAGGAGGUGCUGGAGAUCCUUCAGAAUCCUUCCCUACAGCCGCCCACCUGUCUGGGCGAGGAGCCCACCCUCCAUCACCUCCACCCCGUCGCAGGCUGCUCGCAGCGAGGUCUGUCCAGAGCCGCGUCUCUUCGGGGGGCGGCGGGGGCUCCGGGCUCUCCGAACACCAUGACCCCGCGCUUCUUCAUGGAGAAGAAGAUCAAGCAGGAGAGUCUGGUGGUGGGGGCUAUUGAGAACGCCUUCAAGGAGAUGGAUGCACAUAUCGGCCGAGAGAGAGGCGUGUAUUCCAUCUCUGGUGGAUGUACGGCUCUGGUGGUGAUUUAUUUACUGGGAAAACUGUAUGUGGCCAAUGCUGGUGACAGCAGGGCUCUCAUCGUCCGUGCGGGAGAGAUUAUCACCAUGUCCAACCCGUUUACUCCAGAGUCGGAGCGUCAGAGACUUCAGUUCCUGGCUCAUCUUCAGCCGUCUCUGUUAGGAAAUGAUUUCACACAUUUGGAGUUUCCCAGAAGAGUCACAAAGAAAGAGGUGGGGAAGAGAAUGCUGUAUCGAGACUUCACCAUGAACGGAUGGGCCUAUAAAACGGUUCAGGAGGAGGAUCUGAAGUUUCCACUCAUAUAUGGAGAAGGAAAGAAGGCUCGUGUUCUGGCCACCAUCGGCAUCUCCCGCGGCCUCGGCGAUCAUGACCUGAAGGUUCACGACUCAGACAUCUCCAUCAAACCGUUCCUGUCGUGUUCUCCAGAGGUGAAGGUCUAUGACCUCUCUCAGUGUGAACUCGGCGCUGAUGAUGUCAUGGUCCUGGCUACGGAUGGCCUCUGGGAUGUGCUGUCCAAUGAGGAAGUGGCAGAAGCCAUCACUGGUUUCCUUGGAAACUGUGACCCUGAUGACCAACACAGGUACACCAUGACCGCUCAAGACCUGGUGAUGAAGGCCAGAGGUGUUCUGAAGGACCGCGGUUGGAGGAUCGCUGGAGACAGACCGGGAUCUGGAGAUGAUAUUUCAGUCUUCAUAAUUCCUCUGAUGCACAGCAGCAGUAAUGAAGCUGAAGCGAGCUGACCCGUCAGUUUCACACGCACGCUCGCAAUAUAAUCCUGACGGUGUGCUUUGAAGAGCCGCAGCGAUAUUUCAAGCCUCUCAGUGUUGGUGGGAUCAGUAUAUGAGUUAUAACGUUUGCACAAUGACUCCGGGAGGGUCCGAUGGUUCUUUGAAGUUCUCCGUGGACAGAUGUGCGCCCUCCACAGAGUGUUUAUUCACAGAAAACUCAUUUGGCAGCUAGGCGGAACCCACCGUGUCUUUGGUUGAGGACAUUCGUUUAUCCUCUCAACGUGUUUAUUUUGCGGUUUUCCCUUUUUUCGAGUUCCCCAAAAAUCAAAGCAAUUUCCUCUUGAGAUAUUGUGAUGAAUUAAAAUACGGCCGUGUGGUUCAUUUCCUUUGCUUUGUGUGUUUCCACCAAAUUCUGCUGUGUGAUCUACACAUCAGCCGCUGGAGAUCUUUUAGUGUUUGUAUAUCAUCCGCAGGUGCAGUUUAUGUUUUUUGCACAUGGUUUUGUUAUUUGUAUGUGUAGAAUCUCAUCUCACAAAAACACAAAUCCAUCCACGAUGAGGCACCGCACUACACAACAUCCGACCAUACGGAGAGCGAAUGUGGCCGGUGUCUGGCAAUCUGACGGAUGAUUUUUGCUUCAUGUGUUGAUGGUUUUGACACUCAUAUUUGAUUUUGCUCUUGGGAUGUGUGCGAACUGAGAGUCCAGCUGACAAAAACUCAAUCGUCGAUUAAAACUACACAAACUCAAACUAUUUGAUGUGUUUAUUGGGAUUUGAUGUGCCUCUACCAUUCUCAGAAUGGUUUUUAUACACACUCCUACCUGCAAUCUGUUGUCCAGAGCUCCUGUGUGGAGGUCCGAUGAGCUCUGACUUAAACCCGUCAUGAUCACAGUAGCAUCUUCCUCUCGUACAGCACAAACCCGCUGAGAUCCUUCACAUC